AUUUUAAUUCUUAAAUAAUUAACAAAAAAUAUUAUUUACUUGAUUUGUUUUCUAUUACACACCAAGGAAAGUCAUCCCAAAUAACGGAAACAGCCGAUGUAGCUUCCAAGGUACAUCUCUCUAUAAAAUCCCGCCGGAUUAACUCAUCAACUUCUCUCUCAUGACUUUCUCUCUCUACAAAUCUCAAUUACGAAACCUAGAUUCUACAAUAUAUACAUACAGAUAGUUGUAUAUCUAUAUCUAUAUCCAAUGCCGUCGCCGAAGAUUCACCGGAAAGCUGGAGAGAAGAACAAGAUCAAGGGGAUGAUGAGGAAGACGUUGUCGGAGAAGUCGUCUUCUUUUCACGGCAGAGAUGACGGCGCGGUGGUGGCGGCGGAGAUGAUCCUGCGACGGCCGAGGACGGCGCCGGACUUAUUCGCCGGUCGGAGGUCGGCGGAGGAUGCGGUGGCGAUUGGAGCACCCGCGAAGCUGACGAAGCUGCUGCUGAACGUGACUAUACACAGAUGCCUCGGGGCCGUGAGGGUGGUGGUGCCGCUUGAGGCGACGGUUGAGGACCUGAUCGCGGCGGCGCUCCGCCAGUACGCGAAGGAGGCGCGGCUGCCGGUUAUCCCUCCCGGCGGCGCCUCCGACUUCGACCUCCAUUACUCACAGUUCAGCUUAGAAAGUUUGGAUAGAGAUGAGAAGCUAAAUGAGUUGGGAUCAAGAAACUUUUUUUUGUACCCAAAGAAGGCAGCGGCGGAGGUGGUGGCGGCCACCGCUAGAGGCGGCGCGUCGACAUCAAGAUGUUCAGAAGAAGUUGAUAGGGGUAGCAUCAAGAAAGGCACAUGGCUCAAAUUCAUGGACUUUUUACUGUAAACUACAGCCACAAUUUGUGCCAAUAAUUCUUUUUUAAUAUCUGAAUAUUAUGUAGAUUGUAAAAUUAAAAUAGAAAAUGAAUAUAUAGAAUGUCUUUUUCUUAGGAAUAUUCAAAGUUUGGCAUAUUUUCCAGCAAGACAUAAUUGUAUAGAGUGGUCACACUGUUCUAGGAAAAAUAAAGUAUGGUUAUUUUUGUCUUCUAUUUCAAA